AAAAAAAUUAAAAAAGGUUAAAAAAAUUGUUAAGAUGGCCAAUUGUAUGUUACAUGUAUUUUACUACAGUUUUUUAAAAAUCAAUUUCCUGUAUACUUAUUUAUUCAUUCAUGCAUUUGUUAAAUCAUUCAAUAAAACUAUGUGUGCCAGAAUCACACAGAGAUUUAUUUAAAGACUUAUCUGUGGACUAAGAAAGACAAAAGGAAAUUAAAUAGGCAAAGAAAUGACAUGAGGACAUUAUAGGCAGUAAGUUCAGGAUGUGGAAAACCAAAAAAGCUGAACCAGAGAGAAGACGAAGUGAACAGAGACCAGAUGUAAAGACCUCAGGUACCCUGCUAAAGAAAAGAGAUUCUAUUCUCUAAGAAGCAAGAGCAACUAAAGAUGUAUGUAGCACACAGACCUCCUAUCCUGUGUUUUAGGUGGGCUCUGGCUUCCAUUUGGAAACUGGAUUAGAGGGAGCCAGGUAGAAAGCCAGAAGGAGAGGAGACAGGUAUCACAACCCUGGCAGGGCGAUGACAGCCUCCAUCACAGGUCGCAAACGCACAUACCUACACAGGCUAGCCAAAGACAUCUCCAAAGUACAACCACUCAGGCCUGUGGCAGUCUGAGAUCUCUCACCUGGCCAUAGUGGAUAUUUAUUAGGGCUUCCAGAACAUAAAGAGGAACCAGACGCAGGUCCAUAGGCGAAAGGGGACUCACCAUUGCCUCUUACACUGACCGCUGCCCACUUUUUUGUCAUGCUGGAUAAAACAUGAGGCAAACUGCUGGGCGCGGUGGCUCACACCUGUAAUUCCAACACCUUGGGAGGCAGAGACAGGAGGAUCUCCUGAGCCCAGGAGUUCAAGACCAGCCUGGGCAACAUGGGGAGACUCCGUCUCUAUUUUUUUUUUUUUUUAACAACAACAAAAAAGACAUGAGGCAUAGAGACUAAAGCAGAAAAGAAAUCCUUCUCUCCUGCUUUCUUUCAAAGGGGGAACAAGAACAAGUAACAGGGAGGCUACCUCAAUUUUUACCUCUCCAGAAAAAGACAGGAAGCAGGACACAGGCUACUGUAAGUCAGGGCAUAAUUCAUUGCUCUGAUGGUUCUCCAAGUGUCAUCCCUGAGCCAGCAGCACUCACAUCCCCCAGGAGCUUGUUAGAAACUCAAAUUCUCGCCAGGCGCAGUGGCUCACACCUGUAAUCCCAGCACUUUGGGAGGCCAAGGCAGAUGGAUUACCUAAGGCAGGAGUUCGAGGCCAGCCUGGCCAAUAUGGUGAAACCCUGUCUCUACCAAAAAUACAAAAAUUAGCCACGCGUGGUGGCACACGCCUGUAAUCCCAGUUACUUGGGAGGCUGAGGCAGGAGAAUUUCUUGAGCCCGGGAGACAAAUGUUGCAGUGAGCCGAGAUCACGGCACUGCACUCCAGCCUGGGUGACAGAGAGCGACUCCAUCUCAAAAAAUAAAAAUAAAAUAAAGAAGCCAUACAGAAAUCCUGUGUAUCCAGGUGUCCUGGGGUCCUCAAGGUGAGGGCACUCAGUGGUCCUCUGUUGUUGUAUAAGAAUGUGAACAUUUUACUGAAAUUUUAAGAGCCACCUAUUUUUCUCCCUGUUUACAAAAUAUGUCGGCUGGGCAUGGUGACUCAUGCCUGUAAUCCCAGCACUCUGGGAGCCAGAGACAGGCAGAUCACUUGAGGUCAGGAGUUUGAGACCAGCCCGGGCAACAUGGCAAAACCCCGUCUCCACUAAAAAUACAAAAAUUAGUCACGGCACACGCCUGUAAUCCCAAAUACUGGGGAGGCUGAGGCACGAGAAUCACUUGAGCCUGGGAGGCAGAAGUUACAGUGAACCAAGAUCCUGCCACUGCACUCCAGCCUGGGGGAUAGAGAAAGACUCUGUCUCAAAAAACAGAAACAAAACAAAAUAUGUCUGUUGCCAUUAAGGAGCGUUUUGUUCUGGCCCUCUCCAACUACUUGAGCCCAGGAUUUUGAGACCAGCCUGGACAAUAUAGCAAGAUCUACAAAAAUUAAAAAUUAGGCAGGCAUGGUGGCACACACCUGUAGUCCUAGCCACUCAGGAGGCUGAGUGGGGAGAACCGCUACAGGCUGGGAGUUCGAGGUUACCAUGAGCUAUGAUCAUGCCACUGCACUCAAGCUCUGGGCAACGGUGACAGAGCAAGACUCUUUCAAAAAAAAGAAAAAAACAGGUGGCUGGCUGGGCACGGUGCCUCACGCCUGUAAUCCCAGCAUGUUGGAAGGCCGAGGCAGGCGGAUCACGAGGUCAGGAGAUCGAGACCAUCCUGACUAACACAGUGAAACCCCGUCUUUAUUGAAAAUACAAAAAAUUAGCCAGGCACGAUGGCGGGCGCCUGUAGUCCCAGCUACUUGGGAGGCUGAGGCAGGAGAAUGGUGUGAACCCGGGAGGCGGAGCUUACAGUGAGCCGAGACUGCGCCACUGCACUCCAGCCUGGGCGACACAGCGAGACUCCGUCUCAAAAAAAAAAAAAAAAAAAAAAACAGGCGGCCUCUGGCGGGCCUCCAGCCAGUUAGACCAUUUGACUAGGACGUGUGCACUCAGCCAGCCACAGAACUGGAAUUUUUCAGGAGCAGGGGGAGCAUGGAGUUUGGACUUUCUGAGCAACUGAAGUGGAGCGCAGAGCUUGCUCGCUUAGGAGAGGGCAGCACGGAUGGCAAACAAGGGAGCAUGGAUGGGAGCAAGCCCACGGGGCCAAGAGACUCUCCUGACACCAGGCUUCUUUCAAACCCAUUGAUGGGCGAUUCUGUGUCUGAUUGGUCUCCUAUGCCUGAAGCUGCAAUCUACAGACAUCAGCUGUCUCUGAGGAACCUCAUCAGCCACGGGUGGCUUGUGAACAUCAUCAUGGCAGAUCAUGUUUCCCCACUCCAUGAAGCCUGUCUCAGAGGUCAUCCCUCUCGUGUAAAGAUUUUAUUAAAGCAUGGAGCUCAGGUGAAUGGUGUGACAACAGACUGGCACACUCCACUGUUAAUGUUUGUGUCAGCAGCAGCUGGGAUUAUGCUUCUGCAGCAUGGAGCCAGCGUUCAACCUGAGAGCGAUCUGGCAUCCCCCGUCCAUGAAGCUGCUAGGAGAGGCCACGUGGAGUGUGUCGACUCUCUUACAGCUUAUAGGGGCAACAAUGACCAUAACAUCAGCCACCUGGGCACUUCACUGUAUUUGGCUUGUGAAAACCAGCAGAUAGCCUGUGUCAAGAAGCUUCUGGAGUCAGGAGCAGACGUGAACCCAGGGAGAGGUUCCCCACUUCAUGCAGUGGCCUUCAUGAAGGCCUUCAUGAAGGAUUCCCCACUUCAUGCAGUGGCCAGGACAGCCAGUGAAGAGCUGGCCUGCCUGCUCAUGGAUUUUGGAGCAGACACCCAGGCCAAGAAUGCUGAAGGCAAAUGUCAUGUGGAGCUGGUGCCUCCAGAGAGCCCUUUGAUCCAGCUCUUCUUGGAGAGAGAAGGGCCCCCUUCUUUGAUGCAGUUAUGCCUAGAAUUCAGAAGUGCUUUGGAAUCCAGCAGCAUCAUAAGAUAACCAAAGUCGUCCUCCCAGAGGAUCUGAAAUGGUUUCUCCUACAUCUUUAUAUGUAUCAAUGGAAUGGAUUCACAAACAACGUGAAAACAUUAUUGAGUGUUGUAGCCACUAGAAUUUUAAAAUCAAGUUAGGUUUAUAGAGUUUGACUAGUUUUUCUGAUUAGAUUUGUAUUAGUUAUAAAUUUGUUCAUAGAGUUUGACUAAUUUUUUCGAUUAGAUUUGUAUUUGUUAAACUCUGAAGCCAGAGUUUAAACACACUGCAUACGUUUGUAUGAUUAGUUAGAAGGCAUGAAGACUUUUUUCCCUGCUUGGAGACUGUCUAAAAUAACAGCUAUUGUUUUGCAUAUCUACUGCAGGCCAAGCACUUUCUGCAUCAUCUAAUUCAGCCCUCACAGCAACUGGGUCAAUAUGUCCAAUUUCCCAGGGCAAGGAUAGAGGAGUCAGAUUCAAAUACAGGUUUUCUGACGUUAACUUAUGUGAUGAUUUGAUCAAAGCAGGAUUUUCCAGCAUCACUAUCCUUGUUCCAUCUCUGCUAUAUGGGAAUGAAAAUAAAGAAAUGUAUUUCAAAAAAAUAAAAAGAAAAAAAAACAGAGACGGUCUCCUGGAGUUGAAUUCAGGUCUCCUCCUUAGAUGGUGACCAUGGGAAAGCAGCUUACACUCCCUUUGCUGGUGUAACCAGCAGGUACUGCUGUAAACUUCCUGGUACAAUACCUGAAACAAGGCAAACACUCAACAGAUAUCUUGCAUAUAUUGAUUCCCUUCUCUGCCAGUACAGUAACAUCACUGAGAAUGGACCCAGCAGUAUAAUAACAUCAGUCACCACUAGAUGGCAGUAAUGGCACUAAGUAAUUAGUUAUUAAGAUGUCCUUUUUAACAAAAUGAAGUAGCUAAACAACUACAAAAAAAAGACUGGUCCCUCUUAGACCUAAGUAUUAUUUCUAUUACCUAGAUUUUACUCAUUAUUUCAUUCAGCAAAUAUGUAUUCAAUGCCUACUAUGUGUCAGGCACCACAGCAGGCAGUUAGGAUACUAGGCUCAGCCAAGGAAGACACAGUACCUGCCCACACAGACCUUAAGGGGUAGGUAGGAAAAUGGACAAAGAAUCACACCAGUAAGAUACCACAGCAUAGUAAGUGCUGUGAGAGUACAUAAGGAAGAAGCAGCCUGAUGGGGGGAAAGGAAGGUGUCUCUGAGAAGCAGAUGAGAAAAAGAUGAAGGAGCCAAGAUCCAAGGCAGAUAGAUGAGAGGUGAGGGGUGGAAACGGGGUCCCCAAGAAGAGCUUGCCAAAGGCUCAGGAGCAGGCUGGGGCCUGCUGCUGGAGGGACAUGCAGAGGCCAGGGCUUGCAUGCCUCAGGAGCCUUAUUCAAGUUGGGAAGUUUUGUCUUUUUUUUUUUUUUUUCCUUAAAAAAAAAGGCCUGGCGCGGUGACUCACGCCUGUAA